AUGGAUCAGCCAGCGAAGAUCAAGCCUGUACCUUCGAGCGCCGCAACAACAUCAUCGUGUUCGGGAGCGCCGUCGUGCAAACCUCCGAAUCCCUACGCACGAGACUCGUCGAGACGAGCAAUUGCAUGUGUUACUUGCGCAAAAGCAAAGACAAGAUGUGACAAAGCUCUACCCUCCUGCUCCCGCUGCGUAACCAAGGGCAUCAAAUGCGAUCCACGAUCUACACGUCGCACAUCAGAUAACAACCACCGCCCUCUCUCUACCAAGAAGCCUUUUUUAUCUUCAAAGCGCUUUGCAACGCCUGGCAUCCUCUCUUCGUCAAGCGCAUUUCCCUCCCCACGAAGCAUUCCCUCAUCCCGACAACAGGGUGUCAUGCGCGCACCCUCGCAUAUUGAUUUCCGGACUGCAGUCAAGAUGAGCCAACAAGCAGCCAUCAUAUCUGGAGUGCCAAAACUCGCUCCCUUGCCAACGUAUCACAACCAGAUUGUUGAUGAGUGCUACUCAUACGACCUAAGCCCAGAACCCGACCUUUGCCGCUUCACGCCAGAAAGUGAGCAGGCGUUUUCUAGGGGGACAACACCGCAAACGCCCGCGGAACCGAUGGGAUAUCACGAACCUUUUUCUUUGGUCGAUGACUUGGACUAUCUAGACUGUCAGACGUGGUCUGGCAACGAACUAGUGCCUGUUGGGCUUGGCUUUAGUGACAUGGAGAUGCCAGCUGAGGAGUGGAUGACGCCAACGCCCGAGCCCGAGGAGAUGGCCCAAGCGAACAUGUUUGCGCUGAAUCCCAGCUUCGCAACGCCGCUGCAGGUGCACAGCAACAUGGAGGCUACCUCCAACGGAAUGACUGCGGACUGGUCCAGCUUCCAAACCCCGGCCCAGAAUCACUCAGCCUCAGACGCAAAGCCCGCUACCGCGCUUUCCUCCCUCGGCGACUGCUCCUUCGACUCGGGAAUCGUCAUGCAGAGCGAGUGGACCCAAUCCCAGCCACACGGCACAUACGUCCACAUGGGACACAUGGUUACAUCAGCACCGUACGUGCCGAAGAUGCAGGGCAUGCCUGACAACGCACCGGUGUGGGAGGAUGUGUUUAUGCCGAGCUCAGUGCCCAAUUAG